AUCCAUCCAUUUCACUCCCUCACCCUUUCCCCCUCGACUCACCGCUCUCAUCUUUUCCCGUUCUCGUUCCCCGCUCACACUCUCUUGUCUCAACACACAGACUUCUACAGCUCGUGCCUCGCUCUUCUCCUUCCGUUCUACACCGACGAACACACUUUCUCUUCCCCGCAAGGCUUCACACGAACAUGCGUCUUCGUACCUUCACUCUUCUUGCGGUGGCUCUUGCCGCUACCAUGGCUCAAGCUGCCUCCACGGCCGAGCAAGGAACUGAUGGAACAUCUGUCCCCAACACCUCCUCGGAGCAGUCGCAAGUACAAGGCUACGCUGCUCAGGUUCACACUGAGCGCGACCUCGACGCCCAAGCCGACGCUUUUUCCAACCCUCUCAGCGAGUUCUUGGAUCUCGGCAAAGAGUUCUCUACCACGCGCGGUGCCAAACACGACACACGCAAGCUCGCUCGUUGGUUCAAGCUGGCUCACGAGCUUCGUCUGGACGACCCCGUCAAGAUUAGUGGUCUCACUCGCUUCCAACGCGUCAUGGGCACUGAAGAUGAAGGCGAAUACCUCAACGACCUCUUCAUCAACCUUCCCUUCCUGCACGCUCGCGAUGAGAAUGUCGAGGAUGCCGAUGCCGUGUACUGGCCCAAGCUUGAUGGCCGUGCUUCCCUCGCCGACCUCCAAGUCGCCAAGCACAAGAAGCACCGCUCUCAUCACAAGCACAAGACCCACAAGCACAAGGGCAAUGACGGCCUCCUUCACCAGAUCAUCAAGGACGUCAACCACGACAUUGGCCACAUUGGCAUCAAGGUUCGUGACACUGAUGUGGCCGAUGAUGCUGACAAGAAGAAGCACAAGAAGGGUGGUCUGGUCCACGCCAUCACCAAGCAGGUCAAGCAUGAUGCUCACUUGGCUGCUGAUCUGAAUGUCCGCGACGAGAAUGCCGUUAAUGACGAGGAUGUUGCCGACGAAACCGACAAGAAGCGCAAGCCCAAGCACAAGGGUAAGCACGGACUUCUCAGCUCCAUCAACAAGCAGGUCAAGCACGAUGCACACUUGGCUGCCAACCUCAACAUCCGAGAUGAGGACGUCGCUGAGGAUCAAGAUGCAGUCGAUGAAACCGACAAGAAGCGCAAGGCCAAGGGCAACAAAGGCCUCCUCAACACCAUCAACAAGCAGGUCAAGCACGAUGCUCACCUUGCGGGCGCUCUCAACCUCCGUGGUGAAGACGUCGCUAGCGAUGAAGGUUCAGUGGAUGAAGCCGACAAGAAGCGCAAACCCAAAGGCAACAAAGGUCUUCUCAACACCAUCAACAAGCAGGUCAAGCACGAUGCGCACCUUGCGGGCGCCCUCAACCUCCGUGAUGAAGACGUUGCCGAUGAAGCUGACAAGAAGCGCAAAGGCAAGCACGGACUAGUCCACGACACGGAGAAGGAGAUUAAGCACGAUGCUCAUCUCGCGGCUGGUCUCAACGUUCGUGACGAGGACUUGGCCGAGGACGAGGACAAGAAGCGCACUCGCAAGCACAAGCACAAGGGCAAGGGCAGGCACGGCCUUCUUCACUCUAUCAACAAAGAGCUGAAGCAUGACGCCAAGAUCAUUGGCAUCAAGAUUCGUGACGAAGAGGAGACUAGCGCUGCCGACAAGAAGCCCCACGCCAACGCUGUCCCUAACAAGGACGCAAAAAAGACGCCCACUACUUCUGCCGAGGCCAGCAAAGCCCCAAAGGCCGCUGCUAGCGACGUACCCGAGAAGGAACCCGAGGCUAAGGGCAAGCACGGACAAGAACCCAAGGAGAAGGAACCCAAAGUGAAAGCUCCCAAGGAAAAGGCGCCCACUUCCAAGGGUCACAAGGCGAAGGCAGCCGAGUCCACAGCCACCGAGUCCGCCAACGAGUCCGCUCCUGCCAAGCCCUCGUCGUCCACAAAGCCGGUCUUGCCCCAGAACGAGAAGGUCCACCCGCGUGAUGACGCUUCCGACGAUGUGCAGGGAGAUGCCGACAAGCCCAAGAAGGGCAAGAAGGGAAGCGGCCUCAACGUAUCCAAGAUCAUCAAGGCUUUUACUCGCCAAGUUGAGGAGAAUGACGAUGCUCUUGAGCGCCGCAAGGCUGUCGCCGAGGACCCCACCAGCAGCGCGGAUGUCGACAAGCCCAAAGAGAGCGAUGCAGCCGACAAGAGCGAGGACGACAAGCCCGCUGCCACCACUGGAUCUCAGGACUUCUCUCCUCACCGCAACGACCAAUUCCGUCGUCAACCCCUCUAAGCGGAUCGGCUCUUGACCACGAGUCUUCUUCAUGCCCAACUUCCACGGCGCUUCUAGUGCACGUUGGUGCGUGCUCAGCAUCCUUUUCCCCGCAGCGUCGACGCUUUCCCCGAUUCUCGUUCCCGUCACCAUCCACCAUCCACCAUCCCAGAUUCGUCCUCGCCCCCUUCCAUCAACUCCACUUGGCCAAUGGCCACACCACACCACCUUCUGAAGCUCGUACAGCUCAACGAAGCCAAACACACUCAUUCAUUUUGCCGUCGAACGUUGUCAUAUUACAGCCAACUGAGCUUUUAAUCUCAUACGCGCGCAGAGCUCGCGUCAGUAUCCUAC